AUGGAGGAAGAGGACGUGGCAACUUUAACCAAUGGAGAGACAAUAAUUUCACUCCAUCCAAUCAAGGAAGAGGUGGAAAUAAUUUUGGAUACAACAAUCGUGGUCGAGGAAACAAUUUCGGAUUCAACAAUCGUGGUAGAGGAAGAGGUAACUACAACCAAGAAAGGACGAAUUAUAGUUGUUAUCACUGUGGAAAGUUUGGACACAAAGCAGCUGAUUGCAGAUACAAACAUCAGUAAUACAUUUACUGAGGAAGAGGAUAUUUGGUAUCUGGAUACUGGAUGUAGUAAUCAUAUGUGUGGGAAAAAAGAAUUAUUUUCUUCUCUAAACGAAACGGUAAAAUCUACCGUGAAGUUUGGAAACAAUUCAAAUAUUCCGAUUUUGGGAAAAGGCCGAAUUGCUAUCAGGUUGAAAGAUGGAACUCAAAACUUUAUUGGUGAUGUUUUCUAUGCUCCUGGUCUUCAUCACAAUCUCCUGAGUAUGGGACAACUGUCGGAGAAAGGUUAUAAUAUGCAGAUUCACAAUGGUUUUUGCACAUUGAUCGAUAGGAAUGGCAGAUUCAUCACAAAGGUAAGAAUGACACCAAACCGCUUAUCUCCUUUGAAAAUUCAAAUGAAAAAUUUCCUUGCUUGA